UAGCCUCCUUUGUUUUUUUUUUUCCUGGUUAGAUUAAAUUUUAAUCAUGAAUCACACCUUUCAUGUACCCCAUAUGGUCCUUUAUAUAUCAUAUGUUGUAUACUCUAGCAUCGCCCUUGUUAAUUAGUGUCUCAAGAUGGAAAAAUUGUUUCAAAUUAAACGCAAUUUCUUGAAGUUUCUGACAAAACAACCUGCGGCGGCUUUAGUAGUGGCCUUUCAGAACCCAACUAGGAUGAGUCCAUGUCGAUCACCCGCACGUAUGGUUUCGAUAAUUCCGAAGGAAGCGCGAAGGAAGCACAAGGGCGAAAGCUUCAGCGCCAGAGAGCCCACAUCGCCCAAAGUAUCGUGCAUGGGCCAAGUUCAGGGCAAGAAGAAGAAAAAGGCCCGGAAACAGAAAAGGGCCCUGGCCCAUAAGGAUUCCAUUGGUGAAAAGAAGAAGAUUUUGCUUUGGAUUCAGAAGGGAAGUGAUGAGGGGCGAAAGCAUAGGGUGUUGGAAGAGAAGGCAGUGGAAGCCCCGUCAUUGAAUACGAUGAAGAAAUUUGCUAGUGGGAGAGGAUCUUUGUAUGAUUUCGAUGUUAAAAUUGCAGAAAGAUGAAUGAAUGUCUUUCACUUUCAUUGGCUGUAAGCAAAAAUAAUAAUACAGUACAUGUUUUUUUUUUCUAUCAAUAAACUUGUAAAUUAUGUUUGAAUUUUUAAAGAUGAAAUGAAAACUCACUUAUUGAAUUGGAAA